CCUGCCCUCAGCAUCUUGCAGCUCGAGGGCCGCGCCGCUCUGUCUCUCCUCAGCUGCUUUACUUCGCAAGGCUCAAUUGGCGAAGCGGGAUUCCUGGAGUUGGCAGCGAGGGAAAGUCCCGGUUCCACAGCGUGAGGCAGAGAGCAGGCGCGCGCGCGAGAAAACACCCUGCGCCGCCCCUCCCCUUGCUAUUCCUUGGCCCGUUGGCGCGCGCGCCAACACACACACACGCGGAAGACGCGGCACGUGGGAGGCUCCGAGGAGGCUCUUCUGUUGCUGCUGCCACUGCUGAGGCGAGCUUGGCGUUCGAGCCGCCGCUGCCAACGCUGAGCUUCGCCAGGAACCCCGCGAGCACGAAGCGAGGAGAGAGCACUGGAAGCGCCGGCAGGGGAGGGCGCGCAGCACGAGGGAGAAGCCUGGCAGCACCGAAGUGAGGCGGCGGCGGCGGCGGCGGGAGGCUCGGUGGUGAGGCGAGCGGGAAUCUCCCCUGCCUUGCCUUUCCUCACAGCUUGCCGGCCAGGCGGCGGCGGCGGCGGCGGCAGCUGCUGGAUGUGCGCUCUGCGGCGCAAUGCUUCGCCGCGCAGGGAGGCGGCAGGAUCCGGCUGAGUCCGGCACGCGCUGCUGAGCUGAGGCAGGGUGCCGGCGGAGGGAGAGCGGGGGAGCUCCGUGUAUGCAGCACCCGGCCCGGAGAGGAUGCCCCGUCCUGCGCGCGCCUGAGGACUUCUCCCGCCGGGACCUGGCGAGGCGAGUGCUGGCCAGAGGAGCCGUGGCCAGGCUUGGCUGCCCCGGCUUCGUCAGCUGCUGUCCGGCGGUGCUGGCUCCACAGCAGGAAGCACCAUGAUCUCCUAACCGGCUCGGGGGAGUCUGGCUCGCUUUCUCUUUCUUUCCUUUCCCCCCUCAUCUCCCCCCACCCACCCACCCUCCCUUCCAAUGGAAUUACCCGCCACCGCCGGCUGGAGUUGGAGCUGCUGAACUCGUGUUUGCUCGGCGAGUUCCAGAGCGCCGGCCAAGAAAGGAGUGCACGUUUUGCUCCGUCCUGGAUGCUUUCGGAGGGGAUCGGCUGGAGCUGGCAGAGCCUCGAACCACAGGGGUGGGAGAGAUGCCCUCCAUCUGAGCCAGGAUAUCUACAAGCUUGGAUGGCAGUGUCCUAGAAUUUGAGGACAUUAUAGUCAUCCUCAGGGGAAAAAUCUACAUGUCUGUAUACGCAGAAGAUUAAGACUGUGUGGAACUUGAGACUGUUCAUUGGCAGCAACCUGAGGAAUUUGUCUUCUCUCUAAUGUUGCUCUGAGGGGCGUGGAAACUGUAUCAAAAACUCUGAACCAUCAGGCGAGCCAAGAUGCCUCAGGAACAGUACGCACACAGAAGCACCAUGCAGAGCUCAGAAGGACCCCAUGUAUACAAAGUGGGGAUUUAUGGCUGGCGCAAGAGGUGCCUCUAUUUCUUUGUGCUACUCCUAAUGAUUUUAAUUCUGGUGAACCUUGCUAUGACCAUCUGGAUUCUCAAGGUUAUGAACUUCACAAUUGAUGGAAUGGGAAAUCUAAGGAUUACAGAAAAAGGAUUAAAGCUAGAAGGAGAUUCAGAAUUCUUGAAACCUCUCUACGCCAAAGAAAUCCGGUCCAAGACAGGCAACCCUCUGUACUUCCAAUCUGCUCGGAAUGUUACAGUGAACAUUCUCAAUGAGGAGAGUAAAGUUCUUACACGUCUUGUAACAGGGCCGAAAGCAGUGGAAGCAUACAGCCAAAAAUUUCAAGUGCUAACCACCUCGGGGAAAUUGUUGUUUUCUGCAGAUGACAAUGAAGUGGUGGUUGGAGCAGAGAGACUUAAAGUUUUAGGAGCAGAAGGCGUAGUGUUCCCUAAAUCCAUAGAAACUCCCAAUGUCAGGGCAGACCCCUUCAAGGAACUAAGACUUGAGUCACCAACACGCUUUCUGGUGAUGGAGGCUCCCAAGGGAGUUGAAAUCAAUGCAGAAGCUGGCAACUUGGAAGCUACAUGUAGGACAGAGCUCAAGCUGGAAUCCAAAGAUGGAGAGAUAACGUUGGAGGCUGCAAAUAUCAAACUACCUAGAUUGCCUCUGGGAUCCUUCUCCUCUACUGGAUCCAGGCAAAAAAUCUACGAGCUUUGUGUGUGUCCCAACGGGAGGUUAUUCCUGUCUCAAGCAGGAAGUAGUUCCACCUGCCAGAUAAAGACAAGUGUCUGCCUUUGAGAGAGACUGUUUGUGACAGGCAUAGCUGGCAGCACAAAGGCCUUUUUUGGCCUCCCAGAUAGCAGCUGCCAACUAUUUUUACUAGAACACAGAAAGCCUAUCAAAGACUUUUGUGUGCGUGUGCGUGUGUGUGCGUGUGAAUAUAUAAAUAUAUAGAUAUAUAUAGAUAUAAAUAAAUAUAUAUAUAUAUCCUUUGUGUAAAAUGAAGUUUCAGUACAAGAAAUUCCAGGGUGACCCUCUUUGUGUAGCAUUUAUUGCUCCCACAUCAAAAUUUGAAAAUGUGCAAAUUGGAUCCAGAUCGUUCCAGGAGUAUUCAAAUUGUGUCAUAGCAAGCCUCUAUCAGUCAAGAAAAUGCUUUCAAGCCUUUCCAAAUUUAGUUGUACCUUACACAUGACAUUUUACCUGCAUGGAAAUAGGGG